AUGGCUAGGAUUCAUCAAGGCCGCAGAAAGAUAGAAAUGAAGAAAAUCGAAAAGGAAAGCUGCCGUAAUGUGACGUUUGCAAAACGUCGUUCUAGUUUGAUGAAAAAGGCGAGUGAACUUUGCAUCCUUUGCGAUGCAAAAGUUGCUUUUAUCUUCUUCUCACCAAAAAACAAAGUUUACUCAUUUGCCAGUCCAAACCUUGAGUCUGUCAUUGAUGACUAUAUCAAAGGAAAUACUGUGAGAUUCUAUGGGGAAAAAAGUGUCCAAGAAACCCAUCAGGCCGCCGUUAUUCAAAAUCUACACAAGGAAUUAGAGCGUGUUGAGGAUCUCCUGGAAGCUGAGCAACAACAAAGGAAAUUUUUCGAUGAUCAGAAGAACAGCUGGUUGGAGAGGCCCAUUGAGGACCUCAAUCUUCAGCAAUUGGAGCAAUUGAUGAAGGAAAUGGAAGGCUUGAAGAUGAAGGUUGGACAUGAGAUUGCAAGACAAAGGGUUGAAGCAGCUGCUAAUAACCCUACUUUUGUCGCAAAACUUCCGGGGAAUAUUAUUGGAAACAAUAAUGAGUUAGGUCAUUUCACCCCAUAUGGUGUUCCAAUGGCAAGAUCAACUGUUUAUGGACCUCUUACUAAUUACAUUAGUGGUGGUUGUCCUUUGGCUGGACCAUCCUCUUCUGGACAUGAGGUUCAUUCUCCUGCUAAUGGUGGUGUUGCUGGUGGGAGUAGUAGCUUCCGAUCAUUGCCAUAUAGAAAUGAUCAUGUGGGGUCAUCUGGAUUGGGUUAUCUCAACUUUCAUAAAAAGCCCUAA